CACAGCUGGCGGCUGGCAGCAAAGCGGAACAUGCUCGCAUUUAGCGCUGUGCCCAUGCAGUCGGUAAACGUGGCACUCAGGCGGCUCGAGUACCGCCAUUUGACCUCUGCUUCAUAGCACGCGAACACUGGCGGCGGCGAAAUAGAGGACUCCAAGAGCAUGGCAAGAAAAUGGUCCUGGAUUGUCGGUUGUUGCGUGCUCUGCAUCCCCCUGAGCAUAUGGCCCUGCGAAGCCCUCGAAAUAUUCGAAAGCGUCAUCAACGCCCGCAGACUGGAGCUGAUUAAGAUGAAGGCUUGGCAUUGGGACCCGUUCCUACGUCGCCUCAACGCCAGCAUGCACAGAAAACAUAACGUGAACACCAAGUGCCGGGCCGACAUGCAGAGAUUCGUCGACGCCAUGAUACUCCGUCAAGUACCGGGUCUUCAGCUGCUGGACUCCCAGGGCUCCUUCCCGACGGGAGUACUCCACGGCGCAUUGGCCGAGAUCGGUUCGCACAAGGAGUGCUUCGCCGCGGGAAUCGUUCACGAGAGGGGUGCCGUCAUCGCGAGGAAAUUUUGCUCGCUCUAUGUCUUCAACGCCGAUCCGCUGCCCAUUUUUCCGGCGCUCAGCCAGAAUGAGCAAAAGAACGCUAAGAUGUUCGCCUUCCAGCAGUCAGCGUUGAAGAUAGGCGCCUGCAUCCCGUCAUCGUGCAGCGACGACGACUUCACAAUAAUCAUAAACGAAGCACUUUCGGAGUGGAAGCUGUCCAGCUUUGUUUCCGCCUGCGACCACAAUGUUCCGCCCGACGAGCCGUCCAUCUUUGUCAUUUUUAUUCUGGCAGCGUUCGUGACCACGGUGGUACUGGCGACUGUUCUGGAUGUGAUCAAUCGACACAAACUCACCCUCGGCGACCAAGCGCCGGCAGACUCAGAUGCUGCAGGGAGCCGCUUUCUGGCGCGACUCCAGACACUGUCCCUGCUUCGGACUGCGCGUUCCACGUUCCGCAUGGAAGGCGGCGGAGUCGGCGGGAAAGGGGAAAGACUCGACAUCUUCAAUGGUCUACGCGUCAUCGGCCUGGUGUGGGUGAUCGCCAUUCACACGCACAUCUACAUGGACGAAGCGCUCAUGGACAAUAACGACGAAGUAUACGAAUUGUCGAGAACACUGGCACGGCAAUUCAUUGUUAACGCUACUAUGAGCGUCGCAAUUUUCACGACAGUCAGUGGCUUCAUGCAGUGGAUGACAAUUUCAAAACGAUCAGACGAAGAGCACGGCAAGACUAGUUCGGUUCGCAAUGGUACUUCACAGGUACCUCAGGUUGUUCCCGCUUGUGUGUGUGACGGCAUGCUUCCACCACUUUGUGCCGGUUUCGGGGUACGGUCCCCUCUGGGCCACCUUCGGCGAACUGCGCAAACGGGCCUUUCCCGACCACUGGCCAUACUACAUCACGGGAAUGCUCAACCUGCUCGAUUUGGAAAACAUAUGCAGUCCUCAGCAUUGGUAUACAGCAUUGGACUUUCAAGUUUUCACAAUCAUGCUCUACUUCACACGGAGAUUAAAAAGGACUGGCAGCAAACGGCCGCUUCUCGUCAUCAUGGCGCUGUCGAUGUUGUUCACCUACGUCCAGAAUCAUAUGCUGGAACUUACUCCCGGACUUUUGUACUACACUCCUCUGGGAAGACACAACUAUGCAGGUUUCGUGUAUUACAUGCCGUACACCCACAUUCCGAGCUACUGCGUCGGAAUUCUCGCCGGCUACUACUACACGAAACAGCCUUCACGGAGACUGUCCAGGCGGAAAGUGGCCUUGAUGUGGGUGGCAGCGGUAGCCGCCAUCGGGUUUUCCCUGUUCGGUACCGUCCUGUGGACGGGACACGAGCUGCCAUCCAGGGUCGCCACGGCUCUCUUUGCCGCCACCACUCGGACGCUCUAUUGCGGUGGUCUUGCCUGGGUCAUGUACGCCUGCCUUACCGAUAGAGGCGGGUUCCUGACCAGUUUCCUGGCGUGGCCCGGAUGGGCUCCAAUCAGCAGGCUUUCCUUCUGCAUUUAUAUUAUUCACGAUUUCUUGCUCUACUACCAGUGGGUCAGUUUCCCGGGCAGAG